AUGCCUGAAUGCUUAGGGGCGUGGUUAGGCGGCCUGCGCCUCUCUCGGUCACGUGGUAGUAUUGCCAAGGUGAUUAGGAGACGCCGGGUGCCUGAUAUCCUAGCAACCGUGGCAACAAAGAUGGCGGACACUGAGGACGCAGAGGGGCCAGAUAUGGACGCCGCUGAAGACCAGGAGGGACGGACAGGUCUGGAGAGCGAGCGAUCAGAGCGAGCCGUAAAUGACGAGAACACAGGACCGACGGCGGGUGACCAGGGGACGAGCGCUGAACCAGUACUUGAUGAUCCACGUGCAGAACAUGAGAACAUGAUUACGACGUCCACGCAUUUACCAGAGAGGGAUGGACCGGAUCCCUCUACCCAGGAUACUGUCCUAGAGGAUGUCACCGAUAAUAACUCAGCCUCUGCCACAGACGAGCGCCCCAUAUUACCUGAACCCCCCAAUGACCAGAUCUCUAAGGAUGAGCAGCACAGCACAGGAGCUGAUACCUCACCUAGAAUUAUUGGUGGAGGAAAAGGUGGGGAUGACGGAGCUAAAGCAGAGGAGGAUGGAGAUAAAGCAGAGGAGGACGGAGCUAAAGCAGAGGAGGAUGGAGAUAAAGCAGAGGAGGAUGGAGAUAAAGCAGAGGAGGACGAAGCUAAAGCAGAGGAGGACGGAGCUAAAGCAGAGGAGGACGGAGAUAAAGCAGGUGAGGACGGAGCUAAAGCAGAGGAGGACGGAGCUAAAGCAGGGGAGGACGGAGCUAAAGCAGAGGAGAACGGAGCUAAAGCAGAGGAGGACGGAGCUAAAGCAAGGGAGGACGGAGCUAAAGCAGAGGAGGACGGAGCUAAAGCAGGGGAGGACGGAGCUAAAGCAGGGGAGGACGGAUAUAAAGCAGGGGAGGACAGAGCUAAAGCAGGGGAGGACGGAGAUAAAGCAGAGGAGGAUGGAGAUAAAGCAGAGGAGGACGGAGCUAAAGCAGGGGAGGACGGAGCUAAAGCAGGGGAGGACGGAGCUAAAGCAGGGGAGGACGGAGCUAAAGCAGGGGAGGACGGAGCUAAAACAGAGAAGGACGGAGCUAAAGCAGAGGAGGACAGAGCUAAAUCAGAGGAGGAUGGAGAUAAAGCAGGGGAGGACGGAGCUAAAGUAAGGGAGGACGGAGCUAAAGCAGAGGAGGACGGAGCUAAAGCAGAGGAGAACGGAGCUAAAGCAGAGGAGGACGGAGCUAAAGCAGGGGAGGACAGGGCUAAAGCAGAGGAGGACGGAGCUAAAGCAGGGGAGGACGGAGCUAAAGCAGGGGAGGACGGAUAUAAAGCAGGGGAGGACAGAGCUAAAGCAGGGGAGGACGGAGAUAAAGCAGAGGAGGAUGGAGAUAAAGCAGAGGAGGACGGAGCUAAAGCAGGGGAGGACGGAGCUAAAGCAGGGGAGGACGGAGCUAAAGCAGGGGAGGACGGAGCUAAAGCAGGGGAGGACGGAGCUAAAACAGAGAAGGACGGAGCUAAAGCAGAGGAGGACAGAGCUAAAGCAGAGGAGGAUGGAGAUAAAGCAGGGGAGGACGGAGCUAAAGUAAGGGAGGACGGAGCUAAAGCAGAGGAGGACGAAGCUAAAGCAGAGGAGGAUGGAGAUAAAGCAGGGGAGGACGGAGCUAAAGUAAGGGAGGACGGAGCUAAAGCAGAGGAGAACGGAGCUAAAGCAGAGGAGGACGGAGCUAAAGCAAGGGAGGACGGAGCUAAAGCAGAGGAGGACGGAGCUAAAGCAGGGGAGGACGGAGCUAAAGCAGGGGAGGACGGAUAUAAAGCAGGGGAGGACAGAGCUAAAGCAGGGGAGGACGGAGAUAAAGCAGAGGAGGAUGGAGAUAAAGCAGAGGAGGACGGAGCUAAAGCAGGGGAGGACGGAGCUAAAGCAGGGGAGGACGGAGCUAAAGCAGGGGAGGACGGAGCUAAAACAGAGAAGGACGGAGCUAAAGCAGAGGAGGACGGAGCUAAAGCAGAGGAGGAUGGAGAUAAAGCAGGGGAGGACGGAGCUAAAGCAAGGGAGGACGGAGAUAAAGCAGGGGAGGACGGAGCUAAAGCAGGGGAGGACGGAGGUAAAGCAGAGGAGGACGGAGCUAAAGCAGAGGAGGACGGAGAUAAAGCAGAGGAGGACGGAGCUAAAGCAGAGGAGGAUGGAGAUAAAGCAGAGGAGGACGGAGCUAAAGCAGGGGAGGACGGAGCUAAAGCAGGGGAGGACGGAGCUAAAGCAGGGGAGGACGGAGCUAAAACAGAGAAGGACGGAGCUAAAGCAGAGGAGGAUGGAGAUAAAGCAGAGGAGGAUGGGGAUAAAGCAGGGGAGGACAGAGCUAAAGCAAGGGAGGACGGAGAUAAAGCAGAGGAGGACGGAGCUAGAGCAGAGGAGGACGGAGCUAAAGCAGGGGAGGAUGGAGAUAAAGCAGAGGAGGGCGGAGCUAAAGCAGAGGAGGACAGAGCUAAAGCAGAGGAGGAUGGAGAUAAAGCAGGGGAGGACGGAGCUAAAGUAAGGGAGGACGGAGCUAAAGCAGAGGAGGACGAGGUUAAAGCAGAGAAGGACAGAGAUAAAGCAGGGGAGGAUGAGGUUAAAGCAGGGGAGGACGGAGCUAAAGCAGGGGAGGACGGAGCUAAAGCAGGGGAGGAUGGAGAUAAAGCAGGGGAGGACGAGGUUAAAGCAGAGGAGGACGGAGAUAAAGCAGGGGAGGACGAGUGGAGGAUGGAGUAA